AUGACGCUUGAACAAGGCCAGGAAUGUCUAGAUAUGUUCAGAAGCCGAAUGUCGCCUCACUUUCCCUUUGUCAUGAUCCAAGAAUCGGUCACUAUCCAAAGCCUGGUGCAGGAUAGACCUGCGUUAUGUGUAGCCGUACUCGCAGCAUCUUGCCACGAAAAUCGGAGACUUCAACGAGAACUCGGCAGGCUCUUUCAUGAGAUAGUGCUUGUUCGCAUGAUGAAGGGGCCUUUUGCAACCCUCGAUAUGUUGCAAGGACUGUUAGUCCAUCUGGCGUGGUAUGUCAAGCCAAUGCUUUCCACCAUUCUUCUACAACUUCACGUACUCGACCUCAUCAUCUGCCAACCCUCACCAGACGGCAUAUCCUACGGCCCAAACGGUUUCCAAAGCCUCCAACAGGGCACAGACCAAAACCGUUUUCUCGACUGGUUGUCCCAAAGCAUGUCGGCCGCCAAAUCCCUCAUAAGCGUGGUACUACUCCUACCUCAAGGCGAAGAGGAUAGUAUGCCCAACAUAGGCUGGAUUAUGCUGUACUGCGCGGUUUCAUUAGCUGUACGUCUCGAUCUUGUUGCCGCACAGCCAGAGAACGCCCAAACAGCGGGUCACCUGCGUCGAAUUCUCGAUAUGUCGCAUACGCUGCGUCAGAUCGUACUGAGAAUGGAAGCUGCUUCAGGGCCUGACACCGGUGACGUCGAACCAAGUCCAUACUGGGAUCUUGCGCGACGUGCAAGGAGGAUAGAGAGGUGGUAUAUGGAUCGCUGCGGACCUGUCGAAUCGCCUGAGAUGUACGGACACGGAUACGGAGAAGCGUGGAGUUGA